AUGAAACGCUUUCUUCGAACAGCGCUCAUGUCUGUGCAAUUUCUGUUCCUGAUCUUGUUCCCACUUGCAGUUACAAUGGAACAAGAAUACUGCAUGCCUGAGGAUAACACGGAGGUUGCGAUUCCUUUUUGCUUGCUGUAUAAAGGUAAGUUUAAGUCUUAUUCUUGCUUCCAAUUCAUAGAGCUAUAUAUUUUUUUUUUAAAUAUUUGCAACAAUUUUAGUUACCUGUAAACGUUAAGAUUUUCUUUGCUUGAUUAAUAUUCUUUUCGCGUUGUUAGAUGCUUGCGAUUUGACAAAUAACAUUUUGUCUGAAGCGACGUAUGAUUUCCAGAAUCAUUGUGCCAUGAAGUGUUUCCAAUAUUAUCCAUUCUAUGCUGGGUACAAUUUUAAGAAAAAGCACCAGAAGAAGACUCCAAACUGCACAGUGAAUCAAAACUUUCAUGAUUGCAACGCUGAUGACAAAGGCUGGAUAUUUUAUCAUCCUGUUGCUCCAAGAAAGGUACAAAACAGCAGUAAAAUAAAAACUAACUUAAUAAACUUUGCCGGAAUUACCUAAUUAUUAAUACCUAGUAAGCAAUGCCUAGGUAGCAAUACCCACAUGCAGUCUUAAAUAGCUUAUUUAUACAAGCGGAAUUAACUUAUUUGUGCCCAAGCAGCUAUAGUGAAAAGAAUGCAUGAGAAUUUUGCGAUCUUCACAAAUUUUCCUAUUAGCUAUACCGUAAUUGUUUAUAUACAGCUAGGCCAGGGUGCCACCAAACGUGAAUGUAAUAUAUCCAACCGGGCAGCAAGUGAAAAGUUGUUGCCCACCCGAACUGGCUACGUGCAAAUACUUGCACAGAACUCGCAAGUUUAGAAACUACUCUUUUCCAAGUUUGUAUUAAAAUAAAGAAUGUAUAAAAGAGAAGCAAAAUAAACAACAGGCAACAGGAUAUGCUAUAGCUGCUGAAAUCGUUUUAGUAGGCUUUUUUAGUUUAAACUCGUUUACAUUAUAGAGUUUUUGUCAUAACUGCAAUAAUUUAUUGUUGCAUGUAUGAAUGUUGUUGGUUUUUCUUUCGUCGCUAUACAGGGUGUAUAAAAAAAAAUUGAACAGAUUUGAAAUCGCUCUCAAUUUCGCAAAACACCUAUUUGUAUCCAGCUUUAUAUAUAUAUAGCUUCUUUGGGUACUUAUAAUGUAGAAUAAUGAAAAAAAAUUCUCAAACUCAAAUUUGGUGAACCAGGGGGGUGUGUCUUUUCCAACAAACUAAAAAUGGCUCGCGCACAAAACUUAAAAGCUUUAAUCAUAUUUUGAGUUAAUAGAUGGAAACUUUGUUUGGUUUUUAAUUACUGUACAAAAUUUCAGACAAUUUAGUUUAGUUUAAGCCGUUUAACUAUUCAUUUUAUUCUAAAAAAUCAGCCUUUCGCAUGCUUAAUUAAUGCAUUUACCUAAUUUGCAUAUUGCUAACAUAUGCAAAUUAGGAAAUGCAUUAAUUAAGCAUGCAAAUAACUGAUUUUUAGGAAAAAUGUAACUUUGCGUGAAUAGUUAAACGGCUUAAACUAAACCAAAUUGUCUGAAAUUUUGUACAGUAAUGAAAAACCCGACAAAUUUUCCAUCUAUUAACUCAAAAUAUGAUUACAGCUUUAAAAUUUUGUGCGCAAGCCAUUUUUAUUUUGUUGGAAAAGACACCCCCCCCCCCCUGUUCACAAUAUUUGAGUUCAAGAAAUUUUUUUCAUUAUUCUACAUUCUAAGUACCCGAAGAAGCCAUAUCUAUAAAAAGCCGGAUACAAAUCGGUGUUUUGCGAAAUUGAGAGUAAUUUCAAAUCUGUUCAGUUUUUUUUUAUACACCUGUACAUGUAUAACAAAACAUGCAGCAUGCGAGUGACGACGUAGGCGAGUUGUAUGCUUGAUUUACGUGCAACAGUUUUAGACAAAAGUUGUGUACGUAGUGUAAAAUCGGCCUAUAGAAUUGUUUCGAGACCAAUUUGAACUCGUCCUUUGGACUCGAUUAUAUUCAUGAGAAAAUUAUAUACUUUUGAUACACUAUUGGUACUAUAGAGUAUUGUUUCGAAAAUAUUUUUAAUGAAAAAUGUUAGCUAUAUUUUAAGGACAUCCGCGGGUGUGGUAUAUAUUAUCAAUUAAAACUUGUUCCGAUUUAUAAAAAUACUGGACCAAUUAUUAUAGUUAACUUGUGAUGUUAUUCUGUUAUUUCGUUUUAAAGAUGAUUUCCAUCCGUUCUACGCAUCAGUUCUGCUCAUAACAAAGGGGGACCCCCAGAUAUAAACAUUGCCCAAAAUUUGUAUCUUUCGAACUUUUUUGAAUUGAAACGUAUUCAUUUACAGGCAUACUCAGUUAUAGCAUAUCAUAUUUUAUAAAUAUAGCAGUUCCAAACGUAAACAAAGUUCGCGCAUGCGCACAGGAGUGGACAUCAUCUUUAAAUAAUUAAAUUUGCAUGCAGGCUGAGUUUCUCUUACUUUACCCUGAGCGGAAUUCUAACAUAUUCGCUUCACAGGUUCCAUGUCAUAAAAUGAAGAAUUGUAAAAAUGGGCGAAAGACGAUCAUUUAUCUCAAAGAUGGAACUGGUUCUGAUCCUUACCGGUGUGAGUGUCCAAAGGGAUUCAGUGGAGAUCUCUGCCAAAUUGGUGAGUUGUUAAAGAAAACGAUUGCUGCGCAAGAUAAAGGUAAAUAGAAUGACAAUCAAAAGUUGUUGCAACAAGAACUCAUGUCAAGUCAAGCUAAAAAUUAAUGUUUACGCAUGUUCGCUUGGGUGCUGCAUGCAACUUCAGGAUGAAGCUGUCCAGUGUUAUAAUAAUUAGCAUUCAUUGAAUUCAGCUUUUGUUGCUACAAGUACAGAAUUUUGUUGCCGGUAUUACUCCGCCAUAAGUAGCUAAUUUAUUAUUUUUCUGCUGAGGUUUGUUGGAUUCUUUAUCUAUAUAUAGAUAGAGAAGGGUACGAAUUUGAGUGCAAUUUGGAAAAUCCCAUGCAUGCACGAGUGAGAUUUUUUUAUUAAAGACGAUCAAAAUUGCAUUUUAGAUACAUAAAAUACAAUGGAUAAAAAGAUGUGUUGAUGCAUUAGAAUUUCAUCAUGUUUCUUAUUCUCAUUUAGUCCCGACGCCUUCUGUCAACUCCACCAUAUUGUCUGGAGAACCAGCUGACUUUCUGAGAAGAUUAGCUUCAUGA